AAUUUAUUUUGGCAGGUCAAGCUACUUUUGCAGGAAGUAAAACAAGGAUCGAUGGCACAGCGUAGUCGACAUUGAAGACAAGCUAAUUGAAAUAAUACAAUCAGCAAUACUGGAUUAAAUUUAUCUAACGAACUCUCUAGCGUCGUCCCGAAUCAUUGCAGACAUUACUAAUGGCAGCGACGUUGGAUUUCAGGACCCAUGCGGACCAGUCGUGCAGAUAUUCGGAGGAGUUCGUCAACAUCUACUACGACUGCAUGGAUAAGAAAAGAAGAAACCUCACCAGACUCUACUUGGAUAAGGCAACCUUGGUGUGGAAUGGAAACACUGUGUCCGGACUAGAUGCGCUGGGAGAGUUCUUUGAGGCCCUGCCUUCCAGCGAGUUCCAAGUCCAGACACUGGAUUGUCAACCGGUUCACGAUCAAGCAACCCAAGGUCAGAUGACUCUACUUGUGGUGACCGGCGGAACAGUCAAGUUUGAAGGGAACAAGCAGCGUUUCUACAACCAGAACUUUCUUUUAACGGCUCAGGCGUCACCGAACAACGACCAGCCAGUGUGGAAGAUUGCUAGUGAUUGUUUUCGUUUUCAAGAUUGGAACAGCUGAGUGUCCUCAGCUUUUA